GAGACAGUAUUGUGUUCGUUACUAUAGCAUCACUGAGCACAUGUGUGAAGAAAGCCUAGAAAGAGGAUGAGCAGCAUGUUAUAAUGUGCUUUAGUCAGACGCAUAAGCUUAACAUCAGGUCCAGUAUUACUUUCAGGUCUAUUCCUUUGAAGACUGCAGAAUAACAAGAGAUGCAAAACAGACCUCCUGCAAUUUACACUGAAUUAUUGACAGUCUUUGGGAGAAUCUACUGAUAAUUUCGGUGUGGUUAUUUUAUUUGGAAGAUUAACAUACCUGCCAGAUCACUCUCUCAAGGAAGAAAAGAAAAAAAAAAAGAAGAACAGAACAGGAAAAAAAAGACUUAUUAGAAUUGAAAAAAAAUUGAUGAUGACAAGUCUAUUUUACCUAAAAGGAUUUAUCUAAGAAAGAACAGAAGAUGCCUUUUGAAGUGUUAAAUUCAUUAAAAGAGAGACUUUUAAAGCCUGGGAAGGAAGAGGUGAAGAAUACUGUAAGUGACUCUCUAGGACACUUGCAAAGAAAAAUUGAUGGAACCAACUGUGAAAGAGAUGCCAUAGAGCUGAAUGAAGACGGAAGACCUAUGCAAGCAACAACCAAACCGCCUUUAUUUGAUUGCUAUUGCUGUGGAUUACCUAAACGCUAUAUUAUUGCUAUGAUGAGUGGUCUGGGAUUUUGCAUUUCUUUUGGAAUUAGAUGCAAUCUUGGUGUUGCUAUUGUGGAAAUGGUUAAUAACAACACAGUCUACAUCAAUGGAAAACCAGAGACUGAGAAAGCUCAAUUCAGCUGGGAUCCAGAAGUAGUAGGACUCAUUCAUGGAUCGUUUUUUUGGGGCUAUAUUGUUACACAAAUUCCAGGAGGUUUCAUUGCAAAUAAACUAGCAGCUAACAGGGUGUUUGGAGCAGCAAUUUUCCUAACUUCAACUCUAAACAUGUUCAUUCCUGCAGCUGCCAGAGUACAUUAUGGGUGUGUUAUGUUUGUAAGAAUUUUGCAAGGCCUUGUGGAGGGGGUGACUUAUCCAGCAUGCCAUGGAAUGUGGAGUAAAUGGGCUCCUCCAAUGGAAAGAAGCAGGUUGGCAACUAUUUCAUUUUGUGGUUCUUAUGCUGGGGCAGUAGUUGCUAUGCCACUUGCAGGUGUAUUGGUGCAAUAUAUAGGAUGGUCAUCUGUCUUCUAUACAUAUGGAAUUUUUGGGAUAACCUGGUAUAUGUUCUGGCUGCUGCAAGCAUAUGAGAGCCCAGCUGUUCAUCCAACAAUAAGCACUGAGGAAAGAAUUUACAUAGAAACUAGUAUAGGCGGAGCCAACUUAAUCAAUACCAGUAGAUUUAGCACCCCUUGGAAGCAGUUUUUCACUUCGAUGCCGGUUUAUGCAAUUGUUGUGGCAAACUUUUGCAGAAGCUGGACUUUCUACUUGCUGCUCAUAAGUCAGCCUGCUUAUUUUGAAGAAGUCUUUGGAUUUGCAAUAAGUAAGGUUGGCCUUUUGUCUGCAGUUCCGCACAUGGUCAUGACUGUUAUUGUACCCAUUGGAGGCCAACUCGCUGACUUCUUGCGCAGCAGCAGAAUUUUAACAACUACUGCUGUCAGAAAAAUCAUGAAUUGUGGAGGUUUUGGGAUGGAAGCUACUUUACUUUUGGUGGUUGGAUAUUCUCACACGAGAGGCAUGGCUAUUUCAUUCUUGGUUUUAGCAGUAGGCUUUAGUGGAUUUGCUAUUUCAGGAUUUAACGUCAACCAUUUGGAUAUUGCACCUCGGUAUGCCAGCAUUCUCAUGGGCAUUUCUAAUGGAGUUGGGACAUUGUCAGGCAUGGUCUGCCCUCUCAUUGUUGGUGCAAUGACAAAACAUAAGACUCGUGAAGAAUGGCAAAAUGUCUUUCUAAUAGCUGCGUUAGUCCACUAUAGUGGAGUGGUAUUUUAUGCUAUCUUUGCUUCUGGUGAGAAGCAGGAAUGGGCUGAUCCAGAAAGUCUGAAUGAAGAGAAAUGUGGAAUACUUGAACAAGAUGAACUGGCUGAAGAGACUGAACUGAACAAUGAUACUUUUGUUAACACAAAGAAAACAUAUGGCGCCACUGUUCAGCAUGACGAAGCACCAAGGAAAGAAUUGCAGAAGGAAAAGGGAAUGAGGCACAAUGUCGAAGAACAGACUGUUUAUCAGUAUGAAAAUGGAAACUUUCAAGAGUCAUUGUAAAUGUGUUCAUGGUUUGUGUGACCAUUACCAUCAGUGUAUACAAGCAAGAUCUAUCUGAAUGUAUUAUAUAUUGUGACUAAUCCUGCCAAAUGAUUGGCUGUAAGACAUAGUCAUUUUCAGCUUGUGUUACAGGAAAUGGAUUAAUAGAAAUACAUCUGAUGUGUGUAGUGUCUCUGAUCAGCCCUUGGGUUUGCAAAGCCACGGUUGUUUAAUACGGAGAGCUUUGCUACUAAUGACAUUUUUAAUACACCACACUUCAGCAAUGCAAUCAUAGUCACGACUCAAAUAUUAUAACCAUGUAAAAAUCCCAUAAGCAGAAUUUUCUACUCAGUUCAUUUCCAUAGUAAUACCCUGUUUCCCCCAAAAUAAGACAUCCCCUCAUAAUAAGCCCAAUCAGGCUUUUGAGCACAUGGCAAUAAGGCCAAGCGCUUAUUUCAGGGAUCAGAAAAAUAUAAGACAGGGUCUUAUUUUCGGGGAAACACGGUAUACAAUGGAGGAUGCACUGUGUUUAAGUUGAAAUUAUACUGUACAGAUAGUGAUCCUCCUUUAACAAUGCAAAGUGUUAAUGGGACUGGAAACUGUUGUUGAGUGACAUAUAAUUUAAAAAAUCAUGUGACCACACUGCUGCUGCAAUUCCAGCAAUCCCAGUUGCUGUUGUUAAAUGAAGACCAUGCAGGCCAUUAAGUGAGGACCUCACAUGAUUACAACUUUCCAAGUUCCUGCCAGUUUCACAUUGGCUUUGCUCGUGGGAUGCCAACAGGGAAGGUUGAAGAUUGCAAUUAUGUGACCAUAGAGAUGCUGCAAUGGCCAUAAGUACAAGAUCCAGUCAUAACAAUAACUCUUUCAGUGCUGUCAUACACUUGCUGAACGAGUGGUCAUUAAAUGAGGAAUACCUGCAGUAAUUGUUUAGAUGCAGCUUUUAAAAGCCUGCUGUAUGUUUUUUUUUUUGCCAUCUAUUAACUUUUUAUGUAAUCAGUUCCAAUGAGAUACAUAUUUUUAGACCAUCUCCAAAUAUAUAUAUAUACCUGUUAUACUAUAAAAAUAUAUUUGCCAUUGGUCCACAAUUUUAGAUCUAUAAGUUUAUUAUUAAAACAUUUAUCCAUUAUCCUACCUGACUAUCACAUUACAACCUCAAACUCAAAUUAUACACAAAAAAAAACCAAGCACAACUAUAAAUGAAGAUCAACUCAUUAGCAUAAUUAAUCAUUCAAUUAUGUUGAAGUCAUUGAGGCAAACCUAAAAUCCUGAGCUUCUUCAAGAUCCUGAAGAUAACCCUUUGAGCCACCCAAAAAUUGUCACUAAAUUAUAAUUUUUAGUGUAAUCGAAGAGGAUCAUGAUUAAAACAUAUUAAAUUAAUAUUAAUUUAAGAUAAAUUAAAUCAUUUACUUUUUGCCCUGGUUACAUCCAUGGUCUGCAUGUAUCCUCAGAUCUCCUCUCAAAGGUCAAAUGGGCCAAAGUUUCACACUCUCCCCCCCCCAAUAACAUUGUGUUCCUGCAUUAUACCGUAUCUUUUCCAUACCAAAUCCACCUGAAAUAUAUCAGUUAUUUGCCAGCCAUUGAAAAUAGGAGGAACUCAGACCAUUCUUCCAAGUACAGUCCUGAUAUGCCCUGAUUGGAAAGACUUUUGUCAAAUGAGAUUUAAAGUAUGUCAUUUUAUCCUGUACUUCAUGAACUGGGAAGCCAACAUGAACAAAAAUAACCCCUUAGAUAAAUGAUAUUUAAGUAGAUACCAAAUCAGGACAGAUACAGAGAGGUUGCAAUUUGUGCAAGUUCGAAUAAUGCAAUAUUCAAUUUAGCAUAGACUGUAAAUUGAUACCAGGCUGUAUUUAAUGUUACCCAAAAUUCAUUUAAUGUGAGUCUAAUGCAUGUGCAAAUGAGGCGAGUGCAUGCACAGGUGGUUCAAAUUUUAGAUGUUGCUAAUCUUUGUGAGUGGAAAAUGGAGAAAAGGAAGUUCCCAUUACAGGAAAACAGCACAAGUUUAAGAAAGAAGAGACUUGCAUUGGAGCAAAAAAAAAUGUUUUUCUUGUCAGGUUGCCUUCCCAGUUUAGAUAACAUGAGGGUCGUCAUAGCAAUACUAAAAUAGGAAAAGAUGUUGGAAUACUUGAAUCUGCAGUAGAAUUUGUUUUUGUUUUGCUUUCGGUAACUACCCUGUGACUUUUGUUAACCCUAAAUUCAAAUUAUAAGUAUAUUAUUUUUUAUCCAUUACUGUACUGUUUUAGCAACAUACAUAUGAAACAUUAUGUUAAACAUUUUUCAUUACCUGUUUCCAUUGAGCUGGAACCAGUUGUUAUAUUUUCCAUAAACUUAUUACUUUAUUAUUAUUUAUUAUCUAAUAAUACAAGAAUUAUUUGAAUUCAAAUAAUGCAAUCAUUUCAUAGCACUAAUCAAGACCUACCUGUAAUAACUGACAAUUCAGUCAUGGGAGAGGAACAAGCAUUUUGGGAAUUUAUAGUGUUCUUUGUUUCUGAAUUACAUAUUUAUACAUAUCUUAUAUAUUUUCUUGCAAACUAAAAACAUGAAUAGCAGGGACCCCAAGGAACAGUUGCUUUAAAUUAUCCCUUCAUACAGUAUAAACAGCAAAUGUGUUCUUGGGCCCUUUGCUUUUCUCUCAAAGGAUUUAUACAUAUUAUUUUUCCCAUUCACUUGACAUUAUGUAAGCAGUCAAUGUAUUUGCAGGAGUUUAUUGUUUAAAAAAUAAUGUGCUGAUUGUUAUAGCUCUUAUAAUGGAUUUACAUGCAAUACACCUGAAACACUUGGUGUUUUAGAAUUUUCCUCAUAAUCUGUGAGAGGUAUCCAGGAAGCAUGUUGCAUGACUUCUAACCUGAUGAUUUUGUUUUCCUGCUAUCACUAUCAGUAAAAUUGCAAGUGAAGAUAUUCUGCUACAUUGUGUAUUUUAUUGAGAGCCCUGUUGUUUAAUUGUUCUGUUUUAACAAUAUUUAAGGUAUAGGAAAACAUGACAACAGAGAUAUAACAUCCUAAUUAUAUAUUCUUCCAUACUUUGGGGAUACCACUAAUUUUUGGAGGGGUCUUUGAUACUGAAGGCAUUAGAGUUCACUUUCCUCAGAAAGGAAUGAAAUGUCCUUCGGAUGAUAAUGAAACUUGUCUGGAACUACUUUUAUUAUAUUAAAAGUGUUUUUUACUGAGAGAUAUUUUCCACUGAAAUACUUAAAUUAAAUGUAUC